AUGAUCCAGCUCCUCCUGAACAAGGGCCAAUCGAUGAGGACAUUCUCCGAGUUCACAAACAGGGCCCCAUUCCUGGAGAUUCAGGGACUGCAGGAGUCGUCGUCGGAUGCUCCGAGGCUCCUACGGACGCACCUUCCGAUGAACAGACUGCGGCUCAGCGACAAGGCCAAAUACGUCUACGUAGCCAGGAAUCCCUGGGACUGCUGCGUGUCAAACUUCCACAUGAUGCGGGACUUUCCGUCAUUCGACUUCGCUGAGGGUACUUUCGACGAUUUCCUGGACACGUUCCUGGAUGGUCGGUUCGGCUUCGGCGACUACUUUGGCCAUGUCCUCUCGGGUUACGAGCACAGACACGAUUCUAAUGUGUUUUUUGUGACUUACGAGGAGAUUCAUAGGGACAAGGCGGGAGUUGUUCGUAGGUUGGCGCGCUUCUUGGGCGAGGAGUACGGCGAUAUGGUGCGGAGUGACAGCGAGCUUCUGAAACUCGUUCUCAAAAGGAGUAGCGUCGAAUUCAUGAAAUAUGUACUGCGAACCGACGCAAAAGGGAUAGCACAGCUGCUUGGGCGCGGUUAUGUUCCGCCAGUCUCAGGAAACCAAGAAACUAAACCGUCUGAAUGCAGCUUUGUUCGGAAAGGUGAAGUUGGUGGCUGGAAAUCGUACUUUUCGCCAGAAAAUGUAACAAAAAUGCAGAGUAAAAUGGACGAGAAGUUCGAAGGUACUGGUAUUAUGACUCUUUGGAUGGACAAGGAGCUAGCCGACAAGCAUUAA